AAAACUCGUCUGGCGCGCCAAAUUUCAAAGGACUUCCUGGGGAAAAGAACGCGAAAAUCUCCAUUAAGAAACAACAACGAUGAAAUUGGAUAUAAGUCAAACGUUAUUGAAAUAAUUCAGUGUAUAGAUAUUUGUGAACAAGCGUCAGCCGCAGCUUCACGUUCCUAUAAGAAUUGAAGUGCAUCAGAUUCUUACCAAUUUUGUGAAGAUACAGUCUGAGAUUGAACCACCUGAAGCUGCCAGUUAAAUACCCAAGUCUUUGUAACAAUUUUUGAAUAAUAAACCGUACAAACUAGCACAAACACUGACUGGAUUACUCCCAACAACUCUAAAUAAUUAUUACUCUGAAUAAUAAUCUGUUCACAAUUAAAUGUGAAUAUUGUAGAAUUCAUUAACUAUUUUUAAUGUUAACUCUGUUUGACAUACAUCGCACAACAUUGCAGUCUACUUACUGAUUUAAGUGCCAUUUAAGACAUGGAGACCUCUAUGUAAGGAAGUGACCGUCCCUGAUUGGGGUGGGGAUUGGUGAGUUGUGGCCAUGCUGUCCGGAGUCCAGCUGUGUUUCCAGCUGUUGAGAAUCGGCCCGUCCUCCACGGACACGGCCCGGGACCUGUACACGUUCCGGCCGGCGCUGAGCCACUCUGUCUUCCGGCUGGGCCGCGCGGCGGAGCUGUGCGAUGUCACGCUGGACUCGGCGUCCGUGUCCCGGAUCCACGCUGAGCUUCAUGCGGAGAGGGAGGCGGCGGGGGCGGCCGAGGAGGGCUGGAAGGUGCAGAUGAAAGACCGGAGCAGCCACGGUACUUGGGUGAAUGACGUCCGUCUGCAGCCAAAUAUCCAAUGGGAGCUCUCAGAUGGGGACACACUCACCUUCGGCAACCAAUCAGUGAGUGGAAGCCCAGAGUUUUACUUCCUCUUCCAGAAAGUGAGCGUUAGACCUUUGGACUUUGAUGCUAUCACCAUCCCGAAGGCCGGCACCUUUUCCUCAGACCUGAAGAACCGGAUCAGAACUAGCCUGGACCGCAAGGCGGCGGCCAACUUAGACCUGUCGUCGUUGUCCAUCAACAGGGCCACUGUCAUCCUGAACUCCAUUGGAAGUCUGAGCAAGAUAAACGGGACACCCUGGACAUUCAAGAGGAGCGAUGGCAAUGCCGCAGACCCAAACUCCACCUCCCCUCCUUUUACCUCCAUUGCCCCGCCCUCCACCCCUCCUCCCUUUCAACCGGCUACCUCUGGGACGUCUUCCAUGUCCCUCCCUCCCUCGUCCAAGAGCAGGCGCAAGUCGGCCCACACCGUCCUGCUGGAGGACGACAGUUCGGAUGAGCCCAGGAGCCACAGAAGAGCGGACGAUGGCCAGAGAGCGAGAGGCCGGAAGAGAAGACGCCUCUACAGGUCAGAGUCUGAGGGCUUCCACGUCUGUUUGCCCGACCAGGACGUGAGGCGGCAGUUCGACCUGAAGCACUUGCCUGCGCCUAAACCAACCGCGAACGGUCACGCUGUCGUCGCUAACAACAAAGCGAAUUACGUCUCCUUCAGCGUCAGUCAGCGGCGAGGGAUGGACCCGUGUGACCGGAACGCGGCUGUCGCUGUGUUCCGCCAGCAGAAAGUCUUCUCUCCGUCGCCACCGGCCUCUUGUCGGGGGAGGCGUCGGGCUCACGGCUCCGUGGUGUACUCCCCCCUGGUGGUGGGGGGGGAGAGCUACAACCUGGCAUCCCCGUCGGUGAGGUUCUGUAAGGAGGAGCGGGGACAGGCCGGUCAGUUUGCCAGAUUUCACGCGGCCAACGGGAAGCGGCGGGGACGACCCAGGAAACACCCGCCUCCGCGGCCCUCCCUCCCGCCCCCUACCUCCUCGUCCUCGUCGUCGUCCUCCACCUCGUCGUCGUCGUCCUCGAGCUCCUCCUCGUCGUCGUCCUCGGACGACGAGGAGGGCAGCGCGGCCCAGGGGGUGGAGCCGUGCGCGGCCCCGCGGUGCCGCCUUCCACAGCAGGACACCGUGCAGUGGGUCCAGUGUGAUGACUGCGACGCCUGGUACCACCUGGACUGCCUGCCAGGCGACCGGAGCAAUGUCCUGCUGGACCCCAAGGCGGACUUCCACUGUGGUUGCUGUUGACGUGCCGGGAGAACACACCAGAACAUACCGGAACACACAUCCAGAACAUACCGGAACACACAUCAGAACAUACCGGAACACACAUCAGAACAUACCGGAACACACAUCCAGAACAUACCGGAACACACAUCAGAACAUACCGGAACACACAUCCAGAACGCACCAUACUGUAACCAUAUCCAGGCCUUAACCAGACCUUAGUGUAUUCAGGGAUGGUUUAUGGGAAAUAAAAUGUGGCGGGAGUUUGUCAUGUAAUGGGGAAUGUGUGAUUUUAAAAUAGUUGUACAGUGUUUGUGGAUGAGUUUUUUUUAUUGCGACUGACGCUCUGAUGGACAACUGGGCCGGUCUCCCAUGAAUGUUUAACAGGAGGUUGGUUCCGGACAGAGACUACUGGGCCCAGUCCGCCCUUAAAUUGACAUUCUUCAAAGGGUUCAUUGAAGCUUGUUCUUGUAUUGAGCGGUAAGAGCUAUCGCUUAGGUUCUUUCUAACCCUGGGGGCUGAUAUGGACUGUUUAACUAUCUAAGCUAAGAAGGCUGUGCCCUGGUGUUCAGUACAAGUCUUAAGUAGACAGUAAUCAAUGACACGUUUUUGAAUUAUGUGCUCUUAAGUCUUCCAUGUUGGGUUGUUUUAACCCUGCUGUUAUGAGGUAAAUGAAAGCGCUGUUGGUGAAUUCUCUGAAUUCAAGUCUGCAUUUCCACAAAAUGCAUCCCGAUAAUCUCAAUCAUACAGUAAUCUAGCUAGGAUGGGAUUAUUUUGGUUCUAUCCCGUUAGUAAGUAAACUUUUUCCAAAAACAAGACAAACGUGUUUUCUGCAUUUAGACUAAAUUUCAUGUUAUAAUUGUCUCUUAAAUACUUAUUUCAGAAUUAUAACAGUUUGAGGUAUUGCUUUUUCUUUUAAAUUAACAAUACGUUUUCUGAUGACAUUGAUUUGCGUCACCUUUCAGUGUAAGCAAAUUUGUCCAUGACAUUAAUCUAUUUAGUAUAAAGCGCUGGGAUAGCCAACCAUCCCCGGGAGCUAGCCUCAUGCAUGGUUUUGUUCGAGCCUGACUACUUGUAACUUAGGUUUUUGAGAGACUGAACUAGUUAUGAUAUAGUAUGGUUGGGAUAAAAGCAUGCUCACCAAGUAGCUCUCCAGGAAGAGGGUUUGUCAGAACUGGGGUGCAUUAAACAGGAUUUCAUGUUUUGGGAUGUUCAGAUAGAAAUAGGUAAUGUAGCUCAGAUGUACCUCUAUGACAUGUAGAAUAAUAUCGGCUCUAUUCAUGGAAUUUCUAUCUGCAGCGUUCUAUUACAUUCGGCUACUAUAUGAUCGCAAACCGUUUCAUACUUCACUUUAAAACUUAGCUUAUUAUAUAAGAUCUGCUCACAAGAGCACCUUACAGUUGGUUGCUUCUCUCCGAUUAUUGGUGUUUGUGUUCCAAGUUAUCAGGGAAGAAAUAAAAGGUAUUUAAAAAUGUAUGGAUGGAAUUUGUUUUUAUAGGUUAGUUAACUAAUGCUUAUGCUGAAAAUAACUCAAACACCUAUUCACAAGUAUUUCUGGGUACUCCAGCUGAGUAUUGAUCUUGAUGCUUCACCACUUUAUUGAACCUUCUCCAGGGAAUCCAAAUCACCAAUGUGUUGGAGAUUUUCAAUUCACCAUGAUAUUGCCGUGACUCAGACUUCACUUCAGUCCUCUGGUGUACAUACCGUAUUUUCUGCUCUGGGGUUGUGAGUCAAGAUAACAUUCUCUGGCCUUUAUAAUAGGUUUUUUAUCAUGAUGUAUUUUCUCCAAUUGAAGCGUGUCUGCCCUCGGGUUAGUGAAGUGUGCCCUAAAACCCUGGUUAACUUGAUACCAAGUCAGAUCUGUGCAAACAGACUCGCAGGCAGCCAGGGAGAGAGAUUACGGAGGGGGAGAACACCAUCCGACCCACAAGGGCGAGGAUCUGUUUCCAUGGCAACGCUUUUUUUUUGUGCCAGCCACAGCAACGGAGUGUUAAUUCCGGGAACCUUGGAGGCAAUUGGAAAUGAGACAGUAGGGAAGGAAAAUCUAU